AUGCCUCCGGGAAGCGGGAGCGCACUCAGCGCGGGCGCUUGGCCUGGCAUCACAGUCUCCGCACCCAUCCCAACCGCAUCCGAACCCACACAUGUACCUGCCUCGAGCGACUCCUCCGCCUCUACCACCCCCCCACAUCUCACCCAUGAACCGUUUCCGCUCAUCGCCCCGAGCGCAAUUUCCUCUCCCACCCAUUCCUUCCGCGUGUUCCCGACGUCGACGGCGCCUCCGGACCGCCAUGUCAACGCUGCGUACGAAUUCGUGUCGCAGAUCGGCGAGGGGCGACACGGCACCGUAUGGCUUGUGGAAGACCGCGUCUCGGGAGCGACGUACGCAUGCAAGAAGAUCAGCAAGCGCGGGCUCGAGUCACCAUGGGACCGCGACGAGGUAAGGCGCGAGGUGGCGGUGAUGCGCGUGCUGGCGGGACGGCACGGCGGCGUGGUGCGGCUCCAGGAGGUAUUGGAGGAUAACGAGGCGGUGUACUUAAUUAUGGAGCACUGCGAGGGCGGCGAGCUGUUCGAUAAGAUCGUGGGCGACGGGCGGCUGCACCCGCUGGAGGCGGCGCACCUGUUCCGCCAGCUGGUUUCCGCCGUGCAGUUCUGCCACGCGCAAGGCGUGCUGCACCGCGACCUCAAGCCCGAGAACAUCCUGCUCACGCGAUCCGCGGGACUCGACGGGAGGAACGCGCGGGGACUGCAGCCGCAGCAGCAGCAGCAGGAGACAAGCCCGAACGCGAGGGAUCAGGCGCAACGGACACCGCGGUGGCAGCAGGUGAAACAGCAGGAGCAGCAGGAGGAGCAGCACAGAAAGGAGGAGAGGGAGGAAGAGGGACGGAAGGAUGGCAAAUCCAACGCAAGGGGAGGCGAAGAGGCUAUGCCAUUGACGGCACAACAAUUCAACAUCGAACGGCCAACAGAGUCCAAUAAUACCGUGAAUUCCGGUAAAAAGGUGCCCGUAUCGGCUGUCCCUGCUGCUGGCAGUCAGAAUAAAUCCGGCGACUCACAGAACAUCCGCUGGCCAGUGCAGCAAGGCGGCGCCGCUGGCGGCGGAGUAACCGCAGCCGCCAAAUCCGCCGCGAGGUCUGCCGCGGCCGUCGGCGGGGCCACGACCCGCGCGGUGGGGAAGGCGCUCACGGGGCUGGGCGCGCGGAGUGCGAGUCAACGCUCCCUGCUGCAGUGGCACGUGCGGCUCGCGGACUUCGGAUUCGCCGUGUUUCUAGCUCCGGGAGAAAAGACGUCCGACGUGGCAGGCAGCCGGCUGUACGAGGCGCCUGAGCUGAUCCGAUUCGAGCCGUUCGACUUUAAAGCCGACAUCUGGUCGCUGGGAGUGGUGCUGUACGCCAUGCUGUCGGGCUGCCUGCCGUUCCGAGGCCGCGACGACGACGAGCUGGGCCGUCGGAUCGUGGAGGGGCGCCUCAAUCUGACGUCCAAGCCGUGGCCCUCCGUGCCGGGCGAUGCGAAGCGACUGGUCGCGCGAAUGCUUCAGGUGGAGGCGGGGCGGCGGCCGUCAGCGGAGGAGGUGCUGAACGACGCGUGGGUGGUGCGGCACUUCGGCGUGGCGGCGCCCGCCAGGCGACUCGGCCCCAUCCCGCCGCCCUCGCUGCUGUUCGAGCUCGAGGAGCAACCGCCUGCCGCACCUGCUUCGUCUGCUGUGGCCGCUGCGACUGCUGUCGCUGGUGGCGGUGCUUCAGCUGUCAUAACCACGGAACUCGCUGCCGGUUCUGACAGCAAACCCGCUUGCACGGUUGUUGCUGCGAGUGAGACGACGGCGACGGCAACGGCAGCUGAUGCUGACGCAGAGGAGUUUCUGCCAACUAGCACCCCUGGUGCUACUUCCCUGGAAACGCCACCUCACGUCGCUGCUCACCACUCUUCCGCCUCUCCCGUUGCCGCCACUCCUCCUUCCGACCUGUCCUGCUCCGCGCAUGGUGAGCGCAGCGGUGGCUGUGGGGGGAUGCUGGUGGGGGACGGGAAGCACGUGGUGGUAGACGGCACGACAGGAGCAGCUGUGGUUGUGCGACUGGCGGGUGCCGCGGAUGGUGCGGGGGAGAGCAGAGCGAGAGACGAGGCGGAGGGAGAGGAGGAGGGAGCGCCGCAACCAGCAGCAGCGACAGACGUGUCAGCAGCAGACGCAUCAGCAGCAGUGGUUACGGAGAAUGAGGGCAGUGAGAGCAAGGGGAGGAGAAGCGCGGAAGCAGUGCCGCCCAGUCGCAUACCCCGAGCUUCAGGCCUGCCCUGGGCGAUCCCGUCGCCGCGCCACCGCAGCGAGCGCGAGAGCAGCAGCGAGUGCAGCAACGCGUGCGCGCAGGAGAGUGUUGGUGGCGCGCGCGCAGGCUCCGCGCAUGGCGGAGGCGUGGCGUGCGGGGGGGGUUCGCUGGUGCACGGGGCUGGCAGCGCGGAGAGCCAGGCGUCUGUAGCCACUCCGUGCAAGCGACAACGGAUGCUGCCCCAAUGUGUCUCUCACACGCCGACAUCAGGCGCAGCAGCGGGUGCCUCGGGCG